AAUGUUUUAAAGGAACAAAAAGAAAAUGAAGAUACGAAACAAAAAAUUUCAUAUGUAAACAAACUGCAAUUUACAAAAAGUUCCCUUUUUAAACCGAUUUCAUUUGAAACAUUCACAGCAGUUGUAUGUUUCAUAUUCACAACUUAAAGUCAUAUGGACAUAGUUUUCAAACAAAAUAAGAAAUUAAAAACUUUUUCAUUGAAAACUUCAAUUUUUCAAGAUGGUUCGCACGCGAAAAUUUAGAGCCCAGUUAAUUGCGAAACUAUGUCAAAUAUUGAAAAGCGUGCCAAUUUUCAAAAACUUCCAAGAAGAUACACUCAUUAAAAUAUCCGAUGAACUUGAGGAGACUUAUUAUCAGCAAGGAGACUACAUUGUUCGACAAGGAGCGCGUGGAGAUACGUUCUUCAUUAUAUCAAAAGGCCAAGUACGUGUGACAAUCAAACAACCAGAUAAACAGGAGGAGAAGUUUAUACGUACUUUGGGAAAAGGCGAUUUUUUUGGAGAGAAAGCACUACAAGGGGAUGGUUUGCGUACAGCUAACAUUAUAUGCGACUCGGCGGAUGGUGUUACUUGUUUAGUAAUCGAUCAGGAAACAUUUAAUCAAUUAAUUUCGAAUUUAGAUGAAAUAAAGAAUCGUUACGAUGAUGAAGGCACCCUCGAACGAACAAGAAUUAAUGAGGAAUUCCGUGACGUUAAGUUAACAGAUUUGCGAAGAAUUGCUACUCUUGGUAUUGGAGGAUUUGGCCGUGUGGAAUUAGUUCAAAUUAAUUCUGAUAAUAGUCGUUCAUUUGCCCUAAAGCAAAUGAAAAAGUCUCAAAUAGUCGAAACUCGACAACAACAACAUAUAAUGUCCGAAAAAGAAAUUAUGGGUGAAGCAAAUAGCGAAUUUAUUGUAAAACUUUUCAAGACAUUUAAAGAUAAAAAAUAUUUAUAUAUGUUAAUGGAAAGUUGUCUUGGAGGUGAGCUUUGGACAAUUUUACGGGAUAAGGGAAAUUUCGAUGAUGCUACUACCAGAUUUUGUACGGCUUGUGUUGUAGAAGCAUUUGAUUAUUUACACUCCCGUAACAUAAUAUACAGGGAUCUAAAACCUGAGAAUCUGUUGCUCGAUGGCAGAGGCUACGUUAAACUGGUUGAUUUCGGUUUUGCUAAAAAAUUACAAUCCGGUCGAAAAACCUGGACAUUUUGCGGCACUCCCGAAUAUGUAGCACCCGAAGUAAUUCUCAACAAAGGCCAUGACAUAAGCGCUGAUUAUUGGUCGUUAGGAAUAUUAAUGUUUGAACUUUUAACUGGAACUCCACCAUUUACUGGACCAGAUCCAAUGCGCACGUAUAAUAUAAUACUUAAAGGAAUUGAUGCCAUUAAAUUCCCACGUAAUAUCACUCGCAACGCUAGUAAUUUAAUAAAGAAAUUAUGUCGAGAUAACCCAGCAGAACGUUUAGGAUAUCAACGUGGCGGCAUAAGUGAGAUUCAAAAGCAUAAAUGGUUUGAUGGAUUUUAUUGGUGGGGUUUACAAAAUUGCCGGCUUGAACCACCAAUUAAGCCGACAGUGAAAAGCGUGAUAGAUACGACUAACUUUGAUGAUUAUCCACCAGAUCCUGAGGGCCCACCACCAGACGAUAUGACAGGUUGGGACAAGGAUUUCUAAAUAACAUUUAAGUUAACAUUUAAGCCAAAGAAAAUGUGAAUCCAUGCAGGCAGUCUAGACACCCUUCUAAUAUAUGUAUAUCAGGGGACUCUCUAUAAAAGCAUAGAUUUAAAUGAAAAAGUUUUCUUUGUGCACAAUUUUGAGAACAAUUUUAGGCAUUACGUAACUUUAUUUUUACUUUUAUUUUUAUUUUCGCUUUCAAUAUUUUUACAUUUUACUUUUUAGUUAAAUAUGCUUAAUAAAAACUUUAAACUAAUAUUUUAAUUCUUAUAUUGAUGUAACCCACAUUAAAGCCUUAAUGUAUCUAUAUUGCUGGAUUUUAUAUAUGAAUGUU